UCUGAGCUUCUGAUAACAGAAGCUUCAGCCGCUCGUGUCAAGGCAAAAUGUGAGUAUUGAACCCUGAAUCAUCUACAUGAUACCAGUUGCGCAGCAGUAAAUAUUAUUAUGUCAGUGAUAAUACGACUGCAGGGGCUACCUUGGACUGCCAAUGCCCUGGACAUUAGGAAGUUUUUUCAGGGGCUUUCUAUCCCAGAUGGAGGUGUUCACAUCAUCGGAGGAACCAGUGGGGAUGCUUUUAUUGCCUUCUCCACAGAUGAAGAUGCCAGGAGGGCCAUGAUGAUGGAAGGGAAGAUCAAUGGACAGAUAAUCAAGCUAUUACUGAGCAGUAAGGCAGAGAUGCAAAAUGUGAUAACCCAGGCAAGGAGCUUUCCUGCACCUCAAAAAUCUGGCCAAGGGGCCCCAGCACCUGCAGAACCCCCAUUUAGAGCCUCUGGGCCUGAAUCCGGAAAUGACUCAUACAGAGGGCCCCAUGGUAGGUCCUCAUUUGGAGGAAAAUAUGGGGAUAAGGGAAGGUUAUACCUAUCCGAGGAAUACAGGGCUUCAGCACAAAAUAGUAGGUACAAUCCUGCAGGACAGCAGCAUUCUAACCCAAGAGGGAAAGGUCCUUGGCCUGCAGGAGGUGGCGCAAUGUAUGAUGGCUACAGAAAUGGACCCCAACAAGUUGAGAGUUCAGAUCCAGGUCAUGAUGUCCAUUAUAGAAGUCCCCCAGGACAACAUGGUCCACAUUUUCAAAGAGAAUCGGAAGGCCGAAGCUUGGAUUCUCGAGGAUCACGUGAUCCCCGAAGGUCACCCCGUUUAAGAGAAUCUGAUCACAGAGGCGUGUCUAACUAUGGAGGACCAUCUGCUUCAGUAGGAAGGCCAAUUCAAAGAGGACCUGAUCAUACUAAGAAUGACCGUCAAGGACCAUCAGGUCAUAGGGGCCCACCAGUUCGAAUGCCAGAUCUUGGAGAUGGUAGAAAUGGACACAGGGUUAAUGACCUCCGGGAGAAGCUUGAUCAGUCAAGGCAUAUCCGCCAAGAACAAGAUUAUCAACCUGAACAAGAUUUUAACACCAGGGUGGUUGAGCUCAGGAGAUCAUCUGAAAUCUUGCCUCCAGAGCAAUUUGUUCCACAGGGAGAUAUUGACCAAAGAGACCUUGGUAGAUCUCAAGACACUUAUGUUUCUAUUAAUGAGCCUGAUCAAAGUUUGAAUGGAUCCCUGCAUGGACUAGAUGACCAGGUGUUGCAAAGAGGACAAUCACAUAUGAAUGAGCCCUAUGGUUUUGGAGGCAGGAUUUUAGAUAGAGAAAUAAAUGAGUAUGAACAAAGUAGGGAUAUUUCAUCUCACAGAAGUGCUAGUCGGAAAUUGGACCAACAUGUUUCAAGACAUAAAAGAAGUUUUACCCCACCACAGCAGGGUAUUGAUCGUCUAGUUCAGGUAUAUGACAGAGAUAGAACCAGGCCACAAGAAAGAAUGCAUCGUGAUCUAACCGCAAGGCAAGAUCAACAUAGAGAUGAACCUGAACGACCUGCUGUUUAUGACAGAGGGGAAUGGAACCAAGACAGGGUCGCACGUGACAUUAACACAGAUGGCAGAAAUUUUAAUGACAUUGAAGAGUCAAGCAUGAGUGGGGCUAGACAUUCAUUGGAUAACUGGAAUGAUAGUCUCCAAGAAUCAAGAGGUCAUAUGGGCAGGAACAAAAACAUUGGUGAACCAUUUACUGAACAGACGAUGGUUGAUGCCAAUGACAGGCACAUUAGUGCCCCACCAUUUAAAAGACCUCUCCUUGAAACCCCUCGAAGUCCUGAUGAUGUUGAACCAAGGAGAUACGGUGAUACAAAUAGACCCUCCUUCAAGGAUGAAAGACACUUUGGGGUUUGCAUGGAACUGAGUAACAUGCCUUUCACUGUUCGGUAUGAUGAUGUAAGCAAGUUUUUUCAAGGAAUAAAGAUUGCUAGGGAUGGAAUCAAGCUUUGUAACGACCACCGAGGAAGAAGGAAUGGCACAGGAGUUGUAAAGUUUGCUUCCCGAUGGGACUAUGACGAAGCCAUGAAACUGAACUAUCAACUUAUGGGAGAAAGAUCUCUCCAGAUGACCCCCUGUCAACUGGAGGACUUUGAAAGAGCUGUAGAUCCAUACCUCCCUAAAGAAGAAGACUAUGCUCCCAGUGUGAAACGAAAACGAGAGGGCCCUCUGCCCAUGGAAGAGAGAGACCCUCAAGACAGUGGUCUUUGGCUUGAGCUUUCUAAUCUACAUCCCAGCACUGAGAAACAUCAGGUGCGUUCCUUCAUGCGUGGGUUUCAGUGGGCAGAAGGGAGUCUCUUUGUUGAGUUUGACCGCAGAGGCACAUGUAUGGGCAGUGCUACCUUGAAAUGGGGUGUCCGUGACUUUGAGUCAACUUUACGCAAGAGUGGCCGUGAUCCCUUGGGAAAAGCACCCAGUAUUACAAUUAGUCCUAUCCCUUGGAAGCAUAUGCGGGACAAGGUAGACAAGCACAAGUUCGUGUACUCUUUCAAAGGAGGAUCUUUUGAGGAAUUUCCCCAGAAAGCACAUUCUGGCUCAAUGGAAAAGGACAAUUUUUCAGCGUUUCUUCAAGGAUUGCCAUAUGAUGCAGAGGAUAGUGAUGUUAGGGAAUUCUUUAAACCUUUGCACAUUCUGGACAGAGGCAUACAUAUUGUGAGGGAUAAAGCAGGGCGGGCCAUAGGCAGUGCUUAUGUGGAGUUUGAAACAUACAGAGAUCUAAAGUUUGCUCUUCAAAGAGAUAAAAGGUCUAUGAGACAUCGGUACAUCACAGUUACGCGCUACAAUGCCAGCAGGGGCCCAUCAUUUGAAAAGUAUCCUCCAGAUGUUAGACCAAAAGAAGAUGUUUUACGAAAAGUGGACUUGUCUACCAUUGGCAAACCUGGGUGUGUCCUCCAUGCCUCUAACCUCUCGAUUGAGGCCAACAAGGUGGACAUUCUCGACUUUUUCCGUGACUAUAGACCUAUAACCGACUCUGUGAGGAUACACACUGAUGUGAAAGGACAGAGCACUGGUGAUGCACUGGUGGCGUUCAGGUCCAUUGGAGAUGCAAAGGCAGCUGUAAAGAACUUGAAUCUGAAAGUGAUGAAAGAAAGGGCUAUCAAACUCAAACAGGUGCACAAUGUGUGAAAGUUGUGAAGGUAAAUAUCCUAGGAGUUGAAGUGUUUUAAUUGAAUCAUAAAAAAUUUGAUUUGACACUGACUGCCUUAUAUUCUAGACGGACAGAUUGACCUUUUCCUUGUCAGAUGAACUGCACUUUUUUGUACUUAGUACUGUAAAAUCAUAAAGUUGUCCCCAAAUAUGUAUAUAUUUCUUUUUAAAAAAUUCCGUUACAUCUGUGGUCUGCUUUUUGCUGAUUAAAAAAGUAAUCAAAACAUGAAAGGGGUCUUUUGGAGACAGAAGAAAAGGAAUUUAGUCUUCUUCACAGUCACAGGUAUAACUUAAUGAGUUGACCAAAGAUUAUGGCAAACCUAAAAGCAAUAUACCACAAAAAAAAAAUAAAUAAAUAAAUAAAAUAAAAUAAUAAUAAUUAUUAUAUAAAAAUUAUAUAUAUGUAAGGAUAUUGCUGCCAGAUUGAUUGAACUGUGCAGUAUAUUUGUUUGGAAGCCCUGGCAAGCUCAAGCUUCAAGCUAAUACAUAUGGAAUAUGAAUUCAGGAAAACUUUGAAUGUUUGGUGUAAGCUCUGGCCCACAGCGUACUGUUGGUGGAUUGGAUUUAGUCAUGUUUUACAAAGAAUUGACAUACUUGAAACUGUUCCUGUAAAAUUUUCUUCCCUGUGACUUUUCCCUUUGAAUUGACUUGCACUUAUACAGAAACUGCUAC